GAAAUCUCCGCAAAUCAAUCCCACCAACAAAUCCCUUCCAGAAACACAACACAUCAAUCAACAUGCUUUCCAGAUCCUUCAUCGCCAGAAGAGCCUUUGUCUCUGCCCCCAUCCGCUCUUUCCAGACCGCACCCGUCUUGAGAGUCGGCAAGGAGAGCGCCCUGCACGAGGAGGGCCGCGCUGAGGAAGUCGAGAGAGUCAAGAACGAGCAGAUCCAGAAGCAGAAGGAGGGCAAGGGCCACUGGCACGAGGAGAUUGCCAGCGACAGCGAGAGCAUCGUCAAGGCAGACAGAGGCGACAUCAGCGCCGACGCCGACACGAUAAAGCAACUGCAAAAGGAGACCGAGAAGCUCGCUUCCCAGAAGAAGUAAACUUUGUUCAAGACGACUUGCGCAUCAGGAAGAAACACGGCACACGAAAGAGAAUGAUUCAUAUAUUUUCAGGAGCAUGGUCGGGGUCGUAAUGGAUGGUCCUUCGCCUUUGUAGCAUACCUUACUCGAAAUCGAUUCCCCAACUUUUCAAAA